UAUCUUCUCCUCCCGCUGCGUCUCUUCCUCUCUCCCCCGUUUCUGUACAAAGUUUAUGUUAUCACUGAGAGUUAGCUAUGGGGAGUUUGUCACAGGGAGAUGUUAAUCAAAUGGAUGGAAAUCAAGUGAAAGCAAAAAAUUCUGGCGGUGGAGUCUGUUUGAUGAGCAAUAUAUGGAGAGAUGAGCAGCAUCCAUCCACCAUCAAUUUUAUGUCUAAUUUCCUAAGCACAAAUUCAUUUCGCCUCAAUUUUGUUCCAAUCGCUCCAGACUUGAUAUUCAAUUGUGGGGGUUUAUCAGUGGCUUUUGCUUUUGUGACAAGUUGUNUUUUUUUUUUUUUUUUUUUUUUUUUUUUUUUUUUUUUUUUUUGCUGGUUUUGCCUUUUGUUGUGUUUGAUUCAGUCUGAUUUUGACAGAGUUCAGAAGUUGAUGAAGCAGUUUGCAAAUUUCUAUGUUGUUGUUGCCCUUCCAACCAAGGAGCAGAAUGAUUCAUUUGUUCAAUCUUACUUCAGAAAUGGGAUGGAAAUUGGUAAGCCACCAUUUGUACCAGUUCAGGAUGUUGAGAUGGGCUUUGAGAAGAUUGUGAAGAUAGCACACUCCCGUGGAGCAUGCAAGCAGCAAGAUGUCAUGUCAAAACUGAGCACUGAGAGGAAGAGAUCCGUGCAAGUCAUGGAUGCUUUUCGUAGAGUCAUGUCUUCUGUACCAGGCCUUGAUGAUCAUGAUGCGAAUUCGCUAAAUCAAGCUAUUGGUUCAAUCGAGGCAAUCGCGAAAGCAUCCAAGGAGUACAUUUUGGAGAACACAGAUCUGUCAGUGGACAAGGCAGAGAGAAUUAGGAGCUUUUUCAGGGAUCCAAAGUUCUACCUCAGUCCCAAAAUAAAUUGAUGAUAUUGGAAAUGGAAAUCUCUUGAUGAAUUCCUCGGAAGAGUUUCCAGGUCAGUCAAAUUUUAGCAUUUCUUUUGCUGCGUACCUUUGAAUUCAAGUUCAGUGAAACCUGGCCUAUGUUUCUGCGCACGCGCGCACACACACACCCAAGGAAAUGCUAUGAGAAUCGUAUAGAAGAGUUAAGUUGGUACACAUUCAACAUGGUUGAAAUUACUGUAAGAAAACAACAUUCAACAUGGGAAAAUGUCAAUCUCGGCAUUCCUGGUUGGUCGGCGGGUCCAAUUAUGUGGUAAUAAGACUAUAAUAAGCAAGUGAAAUUUGAAGAGAAUAGCAAGUUUCCAAGCGUUUAGGGUAAAUACUGAUGAGUCGUCUUUCAACAGCCUAGGUUACGUUUUAAACUGGGCGAGAGGGAUGGAGAAAGAAUCUACCACUUUGCUGUUUCCUAAUAUAAUAAUAUCCGUUGCUAAGCCGAGGAUGUAGGAAUAAUGUGUUGUAAUCAAGUUUGACUCGGUUUAAACUGUUGACCCAUUCAGAUUAAAAUACAUAAAUGCUAACUUUUGUCA